ACGUACCGGAGUCUCAGCGUUCCCGGGACAACGAAACGCCAACAACCGGGAGAACUCAGCAACACCUUGGGUCACCUACGGCUAACGAAUCACUCAUGACGACCGUGCAUCGAAACUCGUUUAAUUAAUCCCAAUUAUACACGAAUUAAGAAGGUUAAGAAGGGUGAAGACAAGAAGGCUAAAACAUAGCAAACAUGAGUCGUAACUGGACGUGCAGCCAGAGGCAGAGGUUAAUGUCCCAGCGCCAGAGUCAGGAGCAGCGCAGACAGGAGGAGGCCAGGCGUGUGGACAGAGAGAGGCAGCUGCAGGCCAGUCUGCAGGACGAGGAGAGCUUUGAGAGGAGGAGAUGCCUUCGACAGGUGCAGCAAGAAAUCAAGGAGAGGCAAAUGGAGAGCGCUCUGCUGAAGGCAGAGGAGGAGAGAACAAACAGGGAAAAGCAACUUGAACAAGAGGAGAGAAUGGCUAAAGAGUUGGCCCGCAUCGACUAUGAGAGGCAAAGAGAAGACAAACUGAGGCAGUAUAUUAAAGAAAACAGCACUGAGCUUCGAGAGCUGGAGUCAAAGCUGAAAUCUGCUUAUCUGAAUAAGGAAAGAGCUGCACAGAUUGCUGAGCAGGAAGCUAUGAGGUUUGAGACAAUGCGUGAGGAUGCAGACUUCGCUCGCAAGAUGAAGUGCGAACACGACCGAGCAGCCAUUGAACAGCAGAAACUGGAGCAGAAGCGCCACGAGGAGCAGCUCCAGCAUCAGAGGGAGCUGCAGCAGCAACUUGUGGAGAAGGAGCGCAAGAGACAAGAGGCAUACGAGGAGUUUCUCAAAGAGAAGCUCAUGGUUGAUGAGAUUGUCCGGAAGAUUUAUGAGGAGGAUCAAAUGGAGAGACAGCUGAAACUGGAGAAGGUCAGAGCCACUCAGCAGCACAUUGAAGAAUUCAAGAGACAGCAGGCUGAGUGGAGACGCAUGACGCAAGAAAAGGUGGAGGCUGAGAACAGACGCAUCAUGGAGUUCGUGAGCCAUCAGGAGCGCGUGGAGGAGACGAGAAUGGCUAAGAUCAGAGAGAGGGAAAAAGCAAAGGAGCAUCUUCAUAAAAUACUGUCCGACAAGAUUGAAGAGGAGAGGCAGCAACGUGAAGAUAUGGAGCGAGUCCGGGAGGAACUCUGUUUAGAGGAAGAAGAAGAGGCUAACAGGAAGAAAGAAAUUGAAGAAAUGGAGAAGAAAAUCCGACAGAGGUUGAUGAUGCAGCAGAUCUGCCAGGAGCAGAUGGCUUUCAAAGAGAUACGGAGGCAGGCAGAGAAAGAGGAAGAGGAGGCCUUCAGGAAAAUGAUGAUGGCUAAGUUUGCCGAGGACGAUCGGAUAGAACAGAUGAAAGCCCAGAAACGACGCAUGAAGCAGCUUGAGCACAAACGCCAAGUGGAGAAACUGAUAGAGGACAGAAGACGGCAGCAUGAGGCUGACAUGGAACUGGAGGCUAAAGAAAGAGCAAUCGAGGAGGAGAGGCAGGCACUUCGUAGACAGAUUGUUGAAGAAGAGAGGCUUCGACUUCUGAAGCGUCACGCAACAAAACUCCUUGGAUACCUUCCGAAGGGCUUACUCCGUGAAGAUGACCUGGAGCACUUUGAUGAAGACUUCAGAAAAAACUUUCAAACUCGUCAGGCAGACAACUUCUCUGAAGAGGGCUGGGAAGGCGAUGAUUAAUUCAUACUAUGCCACUAGAUGGCAGUUUAAGGUUACAGUGAACUAAGCAGACCUUCAUAUUAUAUUACAGCACUUGUUUAGCAUUCAGUAACAACACCAUGAUUUAGAGACAUCUUUUUAUUAUGAAUGUGCUGACAGAAUGUUAGUGAAUGAAAGUUAUUUCUAAGGUCUGAUGUUGUCUGGGGACUAAACAAUAAAUCUAAAUUGAAUUCAAA